AUGGAGGUUACUGGUGGAUCAGUGAUGGGAGAUAGAAAUGCUUGGAGCAUUCAGUGUGAUAUUAAUGUUGCAUUAUCUUCUAUGGAGCAUUCUUGCCUCAUGGAGAGUGCUGCAGAUAGGAACUCUAUCAAGGAUUUCCAAAAUGUAGUUCGUAACUGCGAUAUGAUGGACUUAGCUCAAGUCGGCCCCUCCUUCACUUGGUACAACAAUCAGGAUGAUAACCCUAUUAGCAAGAAGUUGGAUCGUGUUAUGGUCAAUUCAUGUUGGAUCAACCCCUUCCCAAACUCUUUUUCUACAUUCGAAUCAGGUGGUGUUUCUAAUCUCUUGCGUAGGCACAUUCAGAUCCGUGAGGCGUCGAAACGAAACAUGAAGCCAUUUAAGUUCUUUAACCACAUUGCACUUCAUCCUCGCUUCCUGGAAGUAGUGGAUCGAGUUUGGAAUGAGACUGCACCCCUAUACCAUUCUCUCUCAGCUCUUCAAAUAUUCCAGGACAAGCUGAAAGGUCUAAAGUCUGAAAUGUGUGGUUUAAAUCGUGAUAUGUUUGGUGAUCUGCCUGGUCGAGUCAAACAAGCCUAUGAUGACCUGUGCGUAAAACACACUGAAGUGAUGCAGAAUCCUCAGAAGUCAACCUUUGAAGAAAUCUCUGAUGCUUGGGAGCAUUGGCAUCACACUUUGAGUAUCGAAGAUCAGGAGUGCAGUGGUUGGGUCAUCUCAGAAGUUCCACAUGAGGUCCUUGCUGAGUUAGUUGAUUAUCGUUGUUCAACAGAAUAUAGAGUCUCCCUCUCAAAACCGGUGGAAGUCUUUGAAAUUAAAGAGGUGUUUUUUUCCAUGCCUUCAAAUAAAGCCCCGGGACCAUAUGGGUAUCCAGUAGAAUUCUAUAAAGCAGUUUGGCUAGUGAUAGAGAAGGGCUUCACCAUAGCUAUCCAGUCUUUCUUCCUUUUUCGGAUUAUGCCUCAUAGAAUCAAUGCCACACUGUUGUCUCUAAUUCCGAAGACUACAGAUGCUGAGAGUAUGAGUAACUUUCGACCCAUUGCUUGUUGCAAUGUAAUCUACAAGUUUAUCUCCAAGAUCCUUGCAAGGAGACUCAAAGCCACUCUCCCAGAAGCCAUUGAGUUUAAUCAAUGUGCAUUUGUGGAAGGCAGACUACUUCUGGAAAAUGUUCUCUCAGCCACUGAACUUGUCAAGGACUACCAUAAAUCCUUGGUCUCUUCCAAGUCUGCUAUUAAACUGGACAUCUCCAAGACCUUCGAACCGUAA